CAUUGGCAAUACAACGUGCAAUAUUCCAGUUGUUAUAACUUCCAAAUACCGCCUCGCCUGUCCCAUUUCUUCUUCUCCCCAUUGCAAACCUCAUUUCUACAUUUUUUCCACGCUUACCCUAAUUCUCCCUCUUUCAUCCUCCUCCAUUUACAGCUACUCAAUUCUUUCUAUUUGAUCACUGGAGUUGAAAAAUGGUGUCAUUUGAGAUGGAUGAUAGAAAAAAGAUUGGACUGGGGUUGACUGGAUUUGGCAUUUUCUUUACCUUUUUGGGGGUCAUGUUAUUGUUUGACAAGGGAUUGCUUGCCAUGGGAAAUAUCCUCUUCUUGUCCGGUGUGGCAUUGACCAUUGGGCUAAAAUCGACACUUGAGUUUUUCACAAAACCUCAAAAUUUCAAGGGAACAAUAUCGUUUGGGGCUGGUUUCUUUUGUGUUGUUAUUGGCUGGCCUAUUAUAGGCAUGCUGUUGGAAUUGUAUGGAUUCAUUGUGCUUUUCAGUGGGUUCUGGCCUACUAUUGCAGUUUUUGUACAGAAGAUACCUAUUCUAGGUUGGGUGUUGCAACAUCCACUCUUUAAAUCUUUGAUUGACAGAUUCCGUGGAAAACGGGUACCAGUAUGAACCUAAGGAUAAAUUGUAACAGCCAAGCAAGCUGCUGAAUAGCAUUUUUUUUCCCUUUAGGGCUGUGGGAGUGUUGUCCGAAGCUGUAAUAUUUUUUAGUGUUCUUUAGUGCUGUAGUGUCAUCAUUUUUUGUAGUCACUGGUUAAAAUAUGCCCACUCUCAUGAGACGGAUAGUUCAUCAAUAUUUCUUCAAACAAAUUACUGUUGUGCACAGCUCGAGCCAACAUGUGAAUGGCAUGGGCAAAUGCGGCAUGGCUUGAAACAACCCAUACUUUGGAUUGGCCUAACGCGGUGCACGAAUAUUUGUGCUCCUGGGUGCCACUUUCAGACUAAUAAAAAAUAGGCAUGGCGCGGUACAUGCAGACUUGCCCACCAUUUGGCCUGCAGAUGGACCGGUUCACUUGUCACGGCGGUAAGGCAAGCUUGAUACAAAUCAAACUAGCUAAGGCAACUACUACUAAAUUAUAUACCUUAAAUAAAAAGAUAUACAUUUUUACAUCGUUUAUUCUGUUGGUGUGAGUAAGACAUUUUGGUAGAUUUCUCAUCAGAUAUAUUUUCUACAGUUGUUAUUAUAGCUUAUAGUAAUAUCGUUACAAGAGUACAUUAGAUAUUGCAUCAUCAAGAGAAACCGUCUGGAGCAAUUGGGCAAAAUAUUAGGAGAUAUCAGAUAGUCUAGAUAAAUAACUGUGAUUUGUAAUAUUGUCAAAUCACUCUUGCAUGGAUGAAUUUAAUAGGUUAGGAUUUUUAGGGUUUUAAUUUGUUUUUUUAUUUUAUUUACUUUAUUGGUACUUGUUUUUUUGUAGUGACUUAUAAAUCACGGUGAUUGAUUAGGAAUUUUUAAAAUAUUUGUCCUAUUACCGAACUGUAAAGUUAUUUAAGGUUAUCAUGACCUCAAAGUUAUAAUCACAAAACUAUAUUCUGUGAUCGUUACUGAAAACUUAGAUUUUCUCCUAUGAACAGAGCACUAAGCAUGUCGAAAACAUUAGCUAGCAGAGGCGAGGGUUAAUAUCCACCAAAUGAAAGUUGAAUUAGGACCAAGAUCAAUGAUAUGGACUAAUCGAAUCAAAUCUGCAUAUAGAGAACUGACUUUAGUUGUGGUUCUCCUUUGUUAGAGCCUUAGAGGAGAUUCACUUCCCUUCUCCAAGAACCCUAAUUCAUACAUAAAUUGCUUGUAAUAUUUCAAUCACCCAUCAAUAUACUAACAUCAUGAUUAACGAUUCUUUCCACAUACAAAUUCUUUAUCUUCUGAUUACUUCCGUUACUGCGAUCAAGGUUAUCUUACUAUUCGACCGACAUUUAGGCGUGAUGAUAAUUGCAUUAUU